AUGAGCAAACAAACCAUCGCCAUCUAUUGCUCUGGGAGCAAUACCAUAAACUUCGAUGUCCCUGCAACGGACACAAUGCAGGAAACACUCCAGACCGCCCGUGAGACCUUCGCCAGCUCCCUCCAGAUUGAGAAGGGACUAUUGCACGUUGCACCCCGACUUGCAGGUGUCAUCGGUGUCGGUGUCCGAUAA